AUGAACAUCAAGAGCGGCCUCUGGGGUAUCGACGUUGAGAACCGUAAAGCUACUAUAUGGGACGGCAACGUUGGCAAGGUCAGCGCUUCUGGCCUUACUUAUACAGGUCAAGCAGUAGCAGCAGUCCUCACUCUUCCCGAAGAAGCAUUGUCACAGUACAAGAACAAGGCAGUUUAUUUGCCUGCCUUUCACUUCACGCAGCAAGAACUCUUAGAGUCUGUGCAGAGAGCAAUGGGGACGGCGGAAGAGGGCUGGGCCAUAGAGUACCAGGACAUACAUGAUGCUCUCAAGGACUGCGAGGCCAAGAUCCAACAACAGGAUGGCAAUGCUCCAUUCGUCAAGUUUUUCUUGAGUCAUUUCCAGGAGGGUAGUGGAGGGGACCUCCGGCACAAAGUCAAUAAUGAUGAGCUAAGAAAGUUACACGAAUUUGGACUUGUGAAUCAAGCUUUGGACGAUGCGAUAAAGGCCUCGGUGUAG